UUUGAAUUCACAGUCAUGUGGAAGAUCGGGAGGCAGGGGAUUAACUACUUACAACAACUGAAUGCUGCAAAUGUCCAUACUGCUAGUGCUUUGUUAGAAAAAGGCCAAAAUCGUGUCAUCGAGGCUUCUCUUACUCUCAUUCGCGAGAGGGCAAAGCUUAAGGGGGAGCUUGUGCGAGCAUUAGGAGGUGCUACAGCAUCAGCAUCACUUCUUGGAGUUCCUUUAGGGCAUAAUUCAUCUUUUCUUCAGGGACCUGCAUUUGCUCCUCCACGGAUUAGGGAGGCAAUCUGGUGUGGCAGCACAAAUUCUACAACUGAAGAAGGGAAAGAAUUAAAGGAUCCACGUGUUUUAACUGAUGUUGGGGAUGUUCCUGUUCAAGAGAUUCGAGAUUGUGGUGUAGAUGAUGAUAGAUUGAUGAAAAUUAUAAGUGAUUCUGUGAAACUUGUGAUGGAAGAAGAUCCACUUCGCCCAUUAGUUUUAGGUGGUGACCACUCAAUAUCUUUUCCUGUUGUAAGAGCUGUAUCAGAGAAGCUUGGUGGACCUGUGGAUAUACUUCAUUUAGAUGCCCAUCCUGAUAUCUAUCAUGCUUUUGAAGGAAACAAAUAUUCACAUGCUUCUCCUUUUGCUCGAAUUAUGGAGGGUGGUUAUGCACGGCGGCUUCUGCAAGUUGGCAUUAGGUCCAUAAAUAUUGAAGGGCGUGAACAAGGGAAAAGAUUUGGUGUGGAGCAAUAUGAAAUGCGAACAUUUUCAAGAGAUCGGGACUUUUUGGAGAAUUUGAAACUAGGGGAAGGUGUAAAGGGAGUGUAUAUUUCAGUAGAUGUGGACUGCCUUGAUCCAGCAUUUGCUCCUGGGGUGUCACACAUAGAACCGGGAGGCCUAUCGUUCCGUGACGUCCUCAACAUCCUCCACAAUCUCCAAGGUGAUGUUGUUGCUGCAGAUGUUGUGGAGUUGAACCCACAACGUGACACUGUUGAUGGAAUGACUGCCAUGGUUGCUGCAAAGCUGGUAAGAGAAUUGUCUGCAAAGAUAUCAAAAUGACCAUACAUGCAUGUUGGAUGCGUCCAUUGCAUGAGCCAUCCCUUUGUCCAAGUGAUACAAAGUGUUCAAGAAAUAAUUAGACAUUUUCUCAUUCAAUGUCAGUGAAACAACCCUAAAUGAUAUGUAUACAGUUUAGUGAACAAUUAGUUUCUUCCGAGAUCUGUUUCGGUCGUUACUUCCUCUGCUUUGCAUAGCUAUGGGAUGAUACUAUAUACUUGAACGCCUUGAAGAAAAGGAAAAAUGUAGGAAACAGUGAUAAUGAAUUGCAAUAAUAAAGAGAAAUGAAUCUCUAUUUUU